AUGUCUAGACAGUCAGCCCGUGGUACAGACAUCCGGAAAGUGAAUGGUGAAUUAUUCACUUUGACAUAUGGUGCUCUUGUGUCACAGUUAAUGAAAGAUUAUGAAAAUGAUGAAGAAGUAAAUAAACAGUUAGAAAAAAUGGGAUAUAAUAUUGGUGUGCGAUUAAUAGAAGAUUUUUUAGCCAGAGCUAAUUCUAAUAGAUGUAAUGACUUCCGAGAAACAGCUGAUAUUAUCUCAAAGGUAGCAUUCAAAAUGUAUUUAGGUAUAACUCCAGUAAUAAGUAAUUGGAGUCCAUCUGGUGAUGAAUUUUCUCUACUAAUAGAAAAUAAUCCUCUAAUAGAUUUUGUAGAGUUACCUGAAGGUCAUAGUUCAUUAAAUUAUUCCAAUAUCCUAACAGGGGUAUUGAAAGGUGCCUUAGAAAUGGUUCAAAUGGAUGUUGAUGUCAAAUUUGUUCAGGAUCAAUUAAAGGGAGAUAAUCUAACAGAAUUAAGAUUAAAAUUUAUCAAGAGAUUGGAGGAUGCUAUACCCGCAGGAGAAGACUAA